GUGUUUGUUAAUCUUCAGUCCCUCUUCCUGCAGAGCCUUGUGAAAGAAAUGUAUAUUUGGUCGAAACUCGAGCAUCCGAAUAUUCUUCGAUUUGAAGGCUUCUUCCUCGGAGAUGAUAGCUAUCCUCAUUUAGUAUCCAGGUGGAUGGAAGAUGGGACCGUCCUUGACUAUAUCAGAAGGCAUCCAGGAACAGACUUGCUGCACAUAGCCCUUGGUAUCGCCGAAGGUUUGAACUAUCUUCAUUUGAAAGGAAUUAUCCAUUCGGACAUUAAACCGGCCAACAUUUUGAUGUCUGGCUCACGCGUACCUCUUCUAUGCGACUUUGGUCAGUCUCGUAAUCUGGGAGGGUUAACGACCUUUGCAUUCAGCGUAUCUGCAAGCGGCGAGUCAAAGGGCACAAUCUCAUUUACGUCACCCGAGUUGCUUGACGGUACUGAUCUCAAGCCCACUGAAAAGUCAGACGUGUGGGCAUUUGGAAUGACCAUCUGGGUAAAUCGACUCACACAAAUACGCGAAUGUGCUGACCGUUAUUGUUCAGUGCCUCUUGACGCUCAUGAUACCAUACGCUAA